AUGCCAGUCAUACCAGUACACGUACACGUCUCAGUGCCGUCUCGGCCUACAUCUCCUGGGUCUACAGGCAACCAGUUUACAGACCAGAAGGAUUACCUGCUUCUCGAAUCUGCCCGUCACGCUGGCCUUGUACAUUCCCGAGUGGACUUGGUUACGGGAUUCCUGGAUCAGGCUCCAUAUAUUCUCCGUCUGUUGCAGACAAAGGGGGAGCAAGAUGCCCAAUCCAGCGAGUGUUAUAUCCCGGCCUGCUUCACAGAGCGUAUUAACCGCCUGAUAGGGGUUGUUGUUCUUCUACGUACCAAUCUCCGGGAAACUACUAUCAAUGCCGAAGAGGCUGCUCUUAUUUUUGAGCAGAUUCAUAUGCACUUACACAGGCUGACCUUUAGUACUGAUAGGUGUGGUCAUCCCACAGUUGGCGCGGACUACAUGGCUCUGCGGAUAACUGAGGUCUAUCGACCUUCCACCAGGGAGGAUGGUUAUUCUGGUCUGCUCCAGUCGGAGCCGUACCUUCUUUGGAAACUUCUGGAGUCCACAGGACGGGACUGCGCCACUUGCCAGGACACGGAGGGCCCAUGCGCUCUGUAA